ACUUGUACGAUCAACGCAAAACUGCAUAACUCAUCAUCAAGCAAGGUGUUGUAACGUCACUCUAUUGAUAGUCUUGUUUGGUUUGAGAUUCUACCUGUAAGUCUACCAAAUCAAGUUACAACAUCGACAACAACAACUGAGCCAUUUUGCGACACAACGCUCACAUGGCGUCAAUUUUGGAUAUAUCGGAGACAUUUCUUGAGAAUCCUGAACACGCAGCUCUCCCAAAUAUUGAAUUUGAUACUGCUGAGGAGAAUAUGUUUGAAGACAUAUUGGAUGUACUGGACUCGUUAGCCCCACCAGUUUCUCCGUCAAGCAUUGCUGCUCAUCAUGUUGGCCAAAACUUCAGUGUUUUAGGAUGCACGAACUGGGACACAGUCGAUAUCAGUUGUGACAUUGAUCGUUAUAUUAUGGAAGCAGAACAAGCAGCACCGGUUGAACUGACCUCACAAGUUGGUCAAAAUUCGGACGUUUUAGGAUACAUCAACUAUGCCUCGGGCUCGUCGAGCCGCAAUAUCAGUUGUAACGUUUAUGGAGCUAUGCAAUUAGAUCAAGCAGCACCGCGCGAAUUAGCUUCCCAAUUUGUUCCAAACUUGAGUGAUUUAGGAUACAUCAACUAUGAAUCGUGCUCGUCGAACAGCAAUAUCGAUCGUAACGUUGGUGGUAGUGUUAUGCGAACAGCACCAGGUGAAGUAACUGACUUUAGUGAUCUGGGAUGCAUUAACUUUGACUCAGACGCCUCAAGCUGCAAUGUCAGCUGGACUCGAAUGACUAAACUGAAUUCUUCAUGCAAUGCAAUGCUCAAUUAUUGUGAACCAGAUGUCGACGUUGCUAUCGAGAAUCAUCAGAUGGAAGAAGUAUUGUCAAAUGUAGAAAUUACUGUGGACAGUAUUGAGCAAUCAGAAAAUGCAUCGCAACCGAAAAAAUGUCAGGUUCAAUUAAGUGGAAAAAGUACGGAAAUUCCUCUUAAAAAUGCUGCAAAAGGUCAUCGUAAACAAUCGACAUCGUUCCACUGUGCAGAAUGUGGCAAGCAAUUCAGUAGGAAAGCUACUCUGAUCAUACAUUCGAGGGUUCACACUGGCAAAAAACCAUACAAGUGCACGCAAUGUGAUUAUGCUUCCGCUCAAGCAAUCAAUUUGUGCAGACAUGAAAGAAUUCAUUCUGAAAACGAGUUCAAGUGUGACAUCUGCAAUCGAACAUUUCGGCAUAAGGCAUAUCUGAUAGAUCACAAGAAUGUUCACACCGGUGAAAAGCCGUACGAGUGCGACGUUUGCAAUGAAACGUUUGCUCUACGUGCCAGGUUAUACAAUCAUCGGUACCAACGGCACAGAAAGGAGGCGAGCCGGAGUAGGCGAUAUGCGACCUUUGACGGAUCUAAAAGGUGUUAGAUCGACAGUGACGUUCUUGCUUUGUAUAUAUUGACAAUCAAUUCAGUUUUAGUCUGUGGAAACAAAAUCCUUUGUGCUGCGGAUGGAUUAGCUUUGUAUAUUUUGUGUGAAUGUAAUUGAAUUUUGAAUAAAGGUGUCCUCU